AGGCGUUUCCACGCUUGGCUGCCGGCUCGCCGCUCAGACUCGGCGUCGAGAGCAGUCACGACCGUCCUCAGCACGGUGUGUCCACGUCACGGUCGUUUUUUUCCCACGCUGAGGACCCCCCCUCCCCUCCUCCCUCUUCAUCAUUGUCAUCACCACCGCUGUGACAUCGAGCGACUGGACUUUAUAUUUUUUAACUCCCCCCCACACACGUACACACACUUACACACACAUUCAUACAUACACACUUUUUUUGUCUGCCCCGGUUCCGGCUCUAAUUGUUCCACGUCUUUCCUCGCUAUGGCGGCGGAGUACAGCUCUCUGCUCAGCGACCUGUCUGAAAACAUCACCAACGAGGACCUGGAACAGCUGAAGUCUGCCUGCAAGGAAGACAUCCCAGAAGACCAGAGCAACGUCAUCACGUCCUCCAAGGAAUGGUUCAGCUACCUGGAGAAAAACGACAAGCUGGCCCAGGACAACCUGUCCUACAUCGAACAUAUCUUUGAGAUAUCGCGGCGGCCCGACCUGCUGACUCGUGUCAUCGAGUACCGCACUACUGUGCUGAAGAUUUCCGAGGACGACGAGAUAGACACCAAGCUGACACGCAUCCCCUCGGCUAAGAAGUACAAAGACAUAAUCCGCCAGCCAUCUGAAGACGAGAUCAUCAAAUUGGCCCCUCCCCCUAAGAAGGCGUGAAGUUUGCUGCCCGUUACCUGUUACACCCACCGACUCCUUCACUCCGCCUCUCCAGUCAAUCAACUGACUGACCGGUUCCAAUCUGCUAAAACCUCACCCCUGCUCUUGUGCCCUUACACACACACACACACACACACACACACACACACCAAUUAUAACCAAUCAGCAACCAAUAAAAAUGUUAUGAUUAUUUCUGCAGUCAGUGCUCAGUGGUGUCACCCACCACCGAGGUUCCUGUCAUAGGUCAGGUUCUGAAUGCUGACUCAAGAUGGUUCCGAGCUGUACUUUUUCCUGUGCAAGUUCCCAUCUGCUUGUGUCAUCUGGGGCCUGCCGUUGGCUGGAACCUUGAUUGAAACAAAAAAGUCCAAACAAACCCGACGCUUGCAAGACUGUUGAAGCCUAAUUGACACUGUGUCUCCGCCCCCUUGCGACAAAGCCUUAGUAUUCCAUCAGCCACCCAUAACCACCCAUCUCCUCCAAUGUUUUUAUUUUAAAGCGACUUUUAUUGUGAAAUGUGCUCCACCCCACGUAGAGGCUUUUUCCUUUUUUUGUGCAUCAGCUGUUGUGAAUGUUAAGUCUCGCAACCUCUAAUUUAUGAUAACUUUUGUUCACCACCACUGUCGCCAUUGUGUAGGUGUUAUUUUGUACAUGGAUCGCAUGAUCGUUCAGGUUCGCAUAAUAAGAUCAUGCGCUAAAUCCUCAUAUCAUUUGACUUAUCUUGGUGAAUCCUGGAAGGGGGCAGCAUGUUGCAUUGCAGUUAAGGUUGAAAAAUAAGUUGCUAUAUUUGUUCAGCAUGAGUUUACUAUUUGGUGAUAUGCCCCUAAUAAACUUCCACAGUCCAAAAAGUGGAGCAUGCCCGCUUAUUUGCUUACAUGCUGUCAGUGUUCCAAAUAGCACUUUAAACUACUAUACUACUAUUAAUACUAACUUGGGUGUGGCAUACAGCUGCAUUCAAGAGCCUGUUGGUAAUUCAGAAACAUCUUACUUACUGACAAUAAAAAAAUCCCAUUUAAAAAUAAAUGAACUCUUGGAGAGUCUUCCAGUGCAUAUUUCCUAGAUGCAGACUGGAGUUGUCAGACUUUCCAAUGUUCUUGAAUGCAGCAUGUGUCUCACAUGUAAACUUUUGGCCUUCAGUUUUGGAUUGUGGUGGCCAUCUUUGUCAUUAUUACUUCACCUUCCAUUUCUCGUACAUGCUUUGAUUUUUUUAAGGCAGCCUUUUGUGUGAGUGUGACUUUUGUUACUUCCGAUUCUGUUUUGCAACACCUCGUGUGCACGGUCACUCUUCUUCUUUGCACACAAGAUUGCAAACUCUCUCCGCUCUUGUUUGUGAUGUUGCCGCGCCCCCCUGCAGCUUUGCGGUAUCCAUGGUAACGCAGACGUCGACGAUGAGGCACAUAGCAGAACAACAUAUCAGUGAAAUGAUGUCAUGUGUUGAUUUUUCCACAGCAAAGUACAUAUCAACUUAAAAGAGGUAUUGACAAAUGGAAACUGAGAGGCGAAUAUUUUAGUGAUUAAAUGUCAUUUGUGCUUAAAGACUGUUUUACGUGUUUCUUUUCCAUUUUAUUUUAAGAUGUAAAUAUGUAUUUUGAAUAUCAACCACUGUAUUAAUUUGAUAGAAUUAAUUUAUUUAAUGCCAAUAUAUUGUUGUUUUUAUGUGCCCUGAUGUUGUUUGACUAACUGGCAGUGCUGUGACUAAACCAUACAUGUUACAAAAGUGUUUUUUGUUGACAGUCACCGCUUGUAAGAAUACUUUUUAAUGAGAGAUACUGAGGUUUGGCUAAGAGACGUGUUGGACGUUCGUGUAUGUUGUACAGCGUUCCACACUAUGGAUUCCUAACAAAGAAUGAGAGGAACGUGUCUGUUGAUGGUUCUAGAGUUUGCAUGAUGCCAUUAAGCUGUUGAAGGAGGAAGUCAUUCCAGAUUGUUGUUUUUUUUCCAGUAAAAUGUUUAUUUCCAACAAGCGUGAAGUUGCUGCUUGUUGACAUGAUUGAAAUAAGAGUCAAAUGUAAUGCCAUUUUGUCAUUGUGCUACAAUGAAAUUAAAUAUUAUAUUUAAAUAUAUUUGCUAACCUACAA